AUUCGCGUGACGAUACUCAGAUGAAUCUACAACGGAGGGCUGUACCUACAGAUCAGUAACGAAUUAGCCGGUGUUAAAAGUUGUGCUGUCAAGAAUAAACACAAGAAGCAGGAAACGUUUCUACUUUAGUGAAGGCAAAGGUUAAAACUUGUCAGCAUGAUUGCAUCGAGUAUAGCUUCGGCCUUAGGGGCACCUGAAGGAGCUAUUAAACUUAUUUUAUCUAUUUUUAUCGGUUACCCUCUGGCAUUCUUACACAGGCUUCCAUUACUUUACCUGGCACCACCCUUGCUUAAACAUCUCCUCUUUUUUCUUGAAGGCUUGUGUAUAUGUUAUUACAAUUUUGGGAUUGAUACUUUUCACACUUGGCUGAACAUAACAAUCACAUAUUUAGUUUUGUUGUUUUGUGGGGGAUCCAAGUUUUCUGUGAUUUUCAUAUUUGUGUUCAACACAUGCUAUCUUGUUGUUGGAUACUUUACACAAAUCUCCCAACAUGAAUUUGGUAUCUCAUGGACCAUGCCUCACUGUGUUCUCACCCUUCGACUCAGUGCAGUUGCUUUUGAUUACUAUGACGGCAAGAAGAGCAAUUCUCCCAACCCUGCAGCACUGUCACAGAGACCAAGUUACUUAGAAAUGUUGGGUCACUCUUUCUUUUUUGGAGGUGUGUUAGUUGGACCACAGUUUUCAAUGAAACGCUAUUUACAAUUCGUCAACUUGGAAUUGAUUGAACCAAAGUCUUCAACUGCACCGGACAGUAUAAACCCAUCCUUAAAAAAGUUUUUGGUUGGGGUGGUGUAUCUCGGAAUAUUUCAAGCUCUUGCUUUGUACAUUCCAGACUCAUACAUUUACUCGUCGGAUUUUCAGAAACUUGGCUUUUUUACCAAAUGUGCCUUAAUAUUAGUUUGGGGAAAGAAUGCGCUUCACAAAUAUGUAGGAGUUUGGCUGAUACAGGAAGGAAGUAUCAUUCUGAUGGGUAUGAGCUACAAUGGUGUAGACAAAAAUGGGGCCAAGAAAUGGGAUGGUUGCACCAACAUCAAAAUACUUCAGUUGGAGACUGGUGAAUCUUUCUCAGACUUCAUACAAGCUUUUAAUGUCAAUACUAAUCAGUGGAUGGCUGUCUACAUCUACAAGAGGCUGAGGUUUCUUGGAAAUAAAAUGCUAUCUCAAUUUAUCACUUUGUUCUACUUGGCCCUCUGGCAUGGUGUCCAGUCUGGCUACUACAUGUGUUUCUUACUGGAACUGUUAGAGACCAACGCUGAGAUGCAGGUUCAGUGGUUUUUGUCAAGAUUGAGGCAGAAUGUGAAAAUUCCAAAUAUUUUUAUUCUAAAUGUUAUUGGGCGAAUACUGAGGAAAGUCAUUUUAAUGUUCCUUUGGUCCUACGCACUGGUCAGUUUUGUGUUAUUGGAUAGCACGCUGUGGACAACUGUGUAUGGAUCUGUGUACUAUAUUGGUCACAUUGUCAGUAUUUUGGCAAUCGUGUCUGGAUAUGCUUUACGUCCAUUGUACAGGAGAAAGUCCCAAGCCAAUGGAGUCCAUGUGGAGAAGAAUGAUUAAUAGAAACACCAGCAUAGAACUUUCUACUCAAUCAAAAAGUUAGUCUAAAACAAAUUGUCCACAAAUCCUUACAAUUUAAUCAUAUUUGUUUACAUUCUUUGUAUGUAGUCUGAUGUCAAUAAGAACCUUGCAAGCGGAAUCACUUUAUUAGUGGGUGUGUGUUUAUUAAUAAAAUGGUAGUGAUAAAAUAAAUGAUACUAUAAAAAAAUACCGAAUUGUCUCAAAUAUAUCAUUGAUCAAAUCAAAAGUGAAAAAAAUAAAUAUUUGCUGUUAUUUUUUUAACUUUGUUUGCAUGUGAACACUAGUUUAGUUCUGUUUUUCCCCUCUUUUUAACUUUUAUAUUUGUUCAAGGUUGCUAUUUUUUUAGUUGAUCUUCAACUUUAAUAAUGAAAUAUAUUGCUGUAUAAAUUUGGAUACUCAGUUUAUUCCAAAGGGGAAUAGCCGCUACUAUUAUUCAUAAAUUUUGUGUUACUGUCAAACUUUGGAUUGUAAAUAUAAACUAGGUAGUAAACGAAACAAGAAUGACUUUAAAAAAGGUGAAAAAAACAGCACAAAAACUGACUACAUUUUGUCAUUAUUUUCUUCUGAUAUUCUCUAAACUCUUUGAUAUUUUUUUUUUCUUUACUAAUGUGUCUCAAUAGACUAAUAAAAUGUUACGAUGCAAACUUGAUUCCUGCUUCUCCAUGACCAGGCCUUCUUGUCCAACUAAGGCUUCAUCAUCUUCAACCAAUCAUUUUAAAUUUUGCAUUGAAGAUUGUCAUUGGACACACAAAUUUCAAACUUGUUAGCUCAAAACAGGGUUAUGAACUACACAAUAGAAACACUAAGUACUUAAUAGAGUUACUGCAUGCUAACUACAGCAACCUUAACUUAUCACAAGUUAUCACAUUAAAAUUCAAGUUACUUGCAUCCCAGGUUAACCUUUUUUCUUUUUAUUUAAACAAAUGUGUUGACCAAAAAAUGUUUUACAGCUAUUAAUUGACAGCUCUAUUCAUUCACAUCUAGGUCAGUUGAUUUCAAAGUUCUUUGUAUUGUCCUUUUUUUUUUUGUGGCCACUAGCAUUUUUUUUUCUUUAUUUGACUUCACAUUUGAAUUCUCAUCAGUAUUUGUACAACACUCAGUGGGGCAGGGUGUAUGAUAUUUAUAUGACAUUGAAUAUUCUUAUAUACCUAUAUGUCAGCCAUCAUUGUAAAAAUGCUAGUAUUAUGUGAAAUAUUUAUUAAGUGAUAGUUUAUUAUAGGUCAGUGAAUUGAGCCAAUGCCAAAGUACUUUCUACUUUUCCCUGUAAAUACAUAGAUCUAUGUUUUAUCUGCCAAAAAGCAUCACAAAAGCCAAUAUGAGAAGAACGUUUUUUUGUUUAAACAAGCAUUGUUUAAUUGGAUUUAUAUAGAAACAAAAAGAAAACAUUCCAAAUAUGUCCAGUGGUCUGAGUAUUUGUUUCAGCGCCUGAGGCUGCUUUUGGUCAAUGGGGCUGUUAAUGUCUUGAUGCCCUGGUUAGAAUCUACCAUACCCUCUUGUGGGGAUGAGGGAAGAUUAAUCAGCUCUGUGUAGAUAAUGAAAUAAAGAAUUAAUUACCACUAUUGUCAACAUGAAAGAAAAGUAAUCCAAAACUCAAAAGCUGCCUAUCGUACUUUUCUGUUGCUUUGGUCUUUAAGCUAAAUUUUGUAUUGAGGAAUUAGAUGUACUACCAAUAGAUACACUUUGUUUCUUUCCUAUUUUUUUUAUUUUUUAAAUUGUUAUUAUUUAACUAUAAUAUAUAAAAGCUUUUUAGUUUUGAUUUUAAAAAAUUUCUUAAGAUAACUUUUCCCUAAUUAAAAGCCUAUGCCUGGUUCAAUAUAAGUGUAAUUUUGUAAAUAUCAAACCACGUUAGAUUUUUUUUUAGCAACCACAUCAAUUAAUCAGAGGGUACUUAAUAUUGUGGUCAGGUUUUUCAUCAAUGUAUUUCACUCUUGAAACAAUGGUGAUGGAUUGAAACUAUGGUGUUCACUACAGUACAAAAAUGUUGGUUUCAGAAAACUGGAAUUGAGUUGUUUUUUUUUAAAUAUAUAUAUAAUGGAUUUCCUUACAUAUCAGUAGUAUUUGUGAUGUCAUUACACAAUCAAUUUUACUUUGUGCUUUUUUUUUAUAACAUUAGUGUUAUGUUUUUUCCUUUAUCUAGGUCUGUGUUUUUUUAUCAGAUUUAUGAUAAUCUUUGCAUGUUCAUACCAGACAAUUUUGAUGAAGAAAACAUAAACUUUUAGUUCUCUUGCCACAUAGACCACCUCUUUGUGAACUCUUUGCCAAGAAAACAUUCAGUGUCAAAAAUACAUGUCAUGAAUAAACUAUGAACAAGGAAGUUUCUGGUUUGACUGAUUCUUCACAGUUUAAGUAACUUAAUUACUAGUAUUGAGUACGCUGAAUACUGCCAAACAGAGUAGUGCUACUUGAGCGAACCACAAAUAGGUUAUGGUAAAAAAAAUUCACUAUACUAAUCUCCACUAGUUUUUUAAGGUCUUUUUAACAUCAAGAGUUUAUUCACAUAAUCUCAUCCAAGUUUAUAUCUGAUUAUUAAAAUCUUGAAAAAUGAACUUUGAAAGGAAAAUACAAACUUGAGGCAAAUCACAAGAAACCCAAAGGACCGAAACCAAAAUAUGAUUUAUACUGAUAUUGUCAUUGUCUGACAAUUUUGGAAAGUUGAAGUAAAUGUAUACUUUAAAGGCUAGAGUAUUUUCUUGCUUGUUCUAGGCUAGCUUUGAAAGUCUUCCCUAUUUCUGUUUCAUCAUUUUUUUUUUGUGGUUUUCAUAUUAAUUAAAUUGAGAAAUUCAAAAGUAAGUUGUUGUUUUUUUUUUCUUUUUUAAUUUACAAGAAGUCUGAAAUGUUUGAGAAACAAUUUUUUGAUUGAAUAGUUAAAAAAAUGGGAGGCAAGGUGGUUGAGUUGGUAAAGCACUUGGCUUCCUAACCGAGGGGUCCCAGUUUCAAAUCCUGGGAUUUUUUUAAUUACAGGAUUUUUUAGGGUGCUUCUGAGUUCACCCAGCUCUAAAGGAUACCUGACAUUACUUGGGGAAAAGUAAAGGCGGUUGGUCGUUGUGCUGGCUACAUGACACCCACAUUAACCGUGGGCCACAGAAACAGAUGACCUUUACAUCAUCUGCCCCAUAGAGUGCAAAGGAGGGAACUAAAAUAUAAUAGGUAUAAAACUUGUUCAGAUUUGUAAAGAUUAGCUAUUUGAUAAAAAGAAAUUGUUAUAUAAUCUUCUCUGAAGUUCUAAAACUGAUUUCUUUAUAACAAAUUAGCCCUUCCCUUUUAGAUUGGGAAAUUGUUUUUUUUUUUUUUACAAUUUGUUAUUGUGCAUUGGUUUCUUCCAUGUGAUGUCAAUUCUCUAAACUGCCUUAAUAAUUUACUAUUCCAUUUCAUGAACCAGAUUGGCUUUGUUUUUGAAAGACAUGACAAUAGUCUGUAUAUAUAUAUAGAGAGAGAGUGAGAUUUAGUCUUCAUCAAAUAUGGUGGUAAUGGGAUAUAUUCUGAUGUAUCCUUCCUUUAUCUACGUCUAAAGUCUUAUAACUUAAUUUUAAAAAAUACUUUAUCUAGGUCUUGAAGUCUUAAUAACUUACUCCAAAAUACUUUCUUUAAAAAAUCAGUAAUAUCAGUUCAAAUAUUUAUGUACAUUUUCCAUAUUUAAAAAAAAAAUUAUUCCCUAAAUAUAAAUAUUUUUUAUUUAAUGCAGUCUUUAGAACAAUCUCUUGUGGUUAAAAUUCUUGUUGAUAGUCAACCAACUAGAAUUAGUGUAUUCUUGUUAUUUAAUAUAAGACCAAAUUAUUUAUUGCCAUGAUAUUAAUGAAAUGUCAGAGACAAUAUUUUUCCUUUUGUGUUCUAUAAUCAUAUUCAACAUUUAUAUACAAUGUUAGCACAUAGACCUUUACAAAAAUAUUGUGCUAAGGGCAUCCAGUCAAAAAUUCAAAGAGCCCUACUUUUCCUAUUUAAUAUUGUAUAUCAUAGUUAGCAGUUUUUGCAACAUAUAUCUAUCUCUAUUUAAAAUUUUCUUUAAAAUGAAAUUUAUAACAAUUUGGCAUGAUUCCAUAUAAUGUAUGACAAUAUAUUUGUGCUUUGUUUUUUUUCUAUCUUUUUCAUCUAAGUGUUCAGUAAAAUUGUCAAAAUACUUUUGGUUUCUCAAUUUAAGUUUUGUUUUUUUCAUCAAAUAUAUUUUCAUACAAAUAUGAUUCUCUUCAAUAAAUGUCUCAAAGUAAACAGUAAAAUUAAUUCUUUUUUUUUUUUGUCUAAGUCCAUCAUAUAAAUACACUCACAACUAUAACUGAAACUGGUAUUUCAGAUCACACAAAUAUAAGCUGGACCUGAGUUAGAAAUCUAUAGAUACUACAAGUCAUGACUACGCCAAUUGUAUAUUAUGUUAGAUCCACAUAAAUGCUAUGAGAUGCAUUGCUGAAGAGACUUUUAUUUAUUUCAUGUUAGAAUUUAAGAUUUUGUGAAAAGCAUUUCAUUCCAGAAGCAAUUUUAUCCAAGAAAAUUUAGAUUUAUUUAGUAGUAUACAUUCUAUUUACAUUCUGAAAACUAGCCAGUAAAGAUGAAACACUACAGGCCAGAGAUAGCAAUCCAUACUCUGGCCAGUAACAAUGAGGCAAGUGACCAGAGAUAGCUAUUCAUAGACUAACCCAAUAUAUUUCUGGAACUGUAUUGUCAGCACCAAGACAUCUUUUUGAAUUAAUAUUCUAUCACAAGUACUCGAGAAAAGUAUGUAUGUUUAUAACAUAUAUAUAUAUAUAUAUAUAUGGCUUAUCUUCAAAUUCGAAGAUUAAUGAGGAGUGCAGUAUUUCAUGUGGAUAUGCAGCCCCACUGUGACCUACAUAUUUUGCCACAUCCAAUGCAGACAUAUCCACUGGUGGUCGAUUUAGAUUCUAUUUUUGCCAUCUAUGUCUAUCCUCACAUAUAUAUAUAUAUAUAUAUAUACAUAAACCACUAGGUUGACAUUUACCUUUUUUUUUUUUUCAAACAUGAUUUCUUCUUCUUGUUAAAAUGUUCAAAAGCUUGUAAUUCUAGUUUCUGAUACCUACAAAACUAUAAUGGGUUUCUCAACUGUGAAAAGGCUCUAAAAAUGGCACUCUUGUUUAUUCUAUACAAGCAUUUCAAAGUGAAAGUCCAAAAGUUUUCAUUCAAAUUUUUAUCAAUGAAUCCAUUUACAUGUACUAUGGGCCUACUAUUUCUUUUGUAUUAUUUUUUUCAGAAUUUCACUUUUGUUAUCAGAAAAUGUUACAUGUGACUUGUAGAUAUUGGUCUCUUACUCUAUUUCAAUUUAAAGGCUACAUAAGUGAUCAGACUUUGUAACCUUUUUUUUUUGUCUCUAAAUUUUUUUGUGUAUUUCAUUUUCAAUAAAAAUGAAACUAAA